GUCCGAGGCACCAGGGACAGGACUCCUCCGAGCCGAAGCCACGGUGCAGCCUCCGGAGCCAGACGCUCACAUCUUGGGGGUAGAGACUUUCCACACGUCGGCCGAAAACUGAGCGGAGAGAGACUCACCGAAGCUGAAGAAGACCAGAACUUCCAACUUAAGUUUAAAACCCAACCUCCGUGAUGAGCGACUCCUUCUGAGAGACCCCACCGGGAGACCCUCGCCUCUGCCGCCGCCACCAACACCGCCUUCUCCCACUUCUUCCCCGGAGGAAGCUCUUCCAUCUCGGGCAACGUUGUGAAGGAGGAAGGAAGACCGAGUCUAUUUCCUCCGUAUCGCUGCCAUUAUGGACUCGGGAAAGCAAAUCACGUUCCCGUUGCUGAUGAGCGUCGGAGCAGCUGUGAUCGGCUCCCUGCAGUUCGGCUACAACACCGGCGUCAUCAAUGCCCCUCAGAAGAUCAUUGAGUCCUUCAUCAAUGAAACAUGGCUUCAGCGCUACAACGAACCAAUCACCAAGAACUCCCUGACGGCCAUCUGGUCCAUCUCUGUCUCCAUCUUCUCCGUCGGUGGCAUCAUAGGAUCCUUCUCUGUCGGGCUCUUUGUCAACAGCUUAGGACGGAAGAACUCCAUGCUCAUGGCUAACAUCCUGGCCUUCGUCUCCGCUGCUUUCAUGGGCUUCUCCAAGAUGGCGAGCUCCUGGGAGAUGCUGAUCAUCGGUCGGUUCGUGAUCGGCCUCUACUCCGGCCUCUCCACGGGCUUCGUGCCCAUGUACGUGGGAGAAGUUUCCCCCACGGCUCUGCGAGGAGCCCUGGGCACGCUGCACCAGCUGGGCAUCGUCCUCGGCAUCCUCAUCGCACAGGUGUUUGGAAUGGAGGCGAUAAUGGGCAACGACAGGUUUUGGCCGCUCCUCUUGGGCUUCACCUUCAUCCCGGCUGUGGCCCAGUGCAUCCUGCUGCCCCUCUGCCCCGAGAGCCCCCGCUUCCUGCUCAUCAACAAGAACGAAGAGAACAGGGCCAAGAACGUGCUGAAGAAGCUCCGAGGAACCACGGACGUGAGCGCCGACAUGCAGGAGAUGAAGGAGGAGAGCCGGCAGAUGAUGAGGGAGAAGAAGGUGAACAUCAAGGAGCUUUUCAUGUCGCCUCACUACCGCCAGCCCCUCCUGGUCGCCGUCAUCCUGCAGCUGUCCCAGCAGCUGUCCGGCAUCAACGCCAUCUUCUACUACUCCACCCAAAUCUUUGAGAAAGCCGGGGUAGCGCAGCCUGUCUACGCCACCAUCGGUGCCGGGGUCGUCAACACAGCGUUUACUGUGGUGUCGCUGUUUGUUGUGGAGCGUGCAGGACGUAGGUCUCUGCACCUGCUGGGGCUGAUGGGAAUGGCCGGGUCUGCCAUCCUGAUGACCAUUGCCUUGGCACUGCUGGAGGAGUACAAGUGGAUGUCGUAUCUGAGCAUCGUGGCCAUUUUCGCCUUCGUGGCGUUCUUUGAGAUCGGACCGGGUCCCAUCCCCUGGUUCAUCGUGGCCGAGUUGUUCUCGCAGGGACCCCGGCCUGCAGCCAUGGCUAUCGCUGGUUUGUCCAACUGGACCGCCAACUUCAUAGUGGGAAUGAGCUUCCAGUAUGUACAGGAAUACUGCGGCCCCUACGUGUUUGUCAUCUUCACCGUGCUGCUGCUCUUCUUCUUCGUCUUCACCUACUUCAAAGUGCCGGAGACCAAAGGCCGGACGUUCGACGAGAUCACGGCCGGCUUCCGGCAGACGGCCGCGGGCGGAGAGAAGCACUCACCGGAGGAGCUCAACAGCCUGGGAGCCGACUCUCAGCUCUGAGCUCCAACGCUCCCACAAACUUUUACUUUCUCAGACCGGGGGGGAGGAACGACUGACUAGACGUAGACAGAUCCAUCGGUAGAAUAACUUUAACACUGUCACCACAUUUCGGGCGUCUUCACCAAACAAGGAAAAACAAGCCCAGCGUGAUUCUCCCAACAUGACAUCUCCUGCUGCCCCGUCCACGUCACGUCGAUCUAAGAACUCAGAGGGCGCUGACGCCUGACGAGGGGACUCGAGGAUAGACGGGGAAGAUUUUAAAUAUUUAAAAGAAGAAAAAUGAAUUUCUUUUUUAAACAUUUUUCACUGAAUUUAUUAUUAUACCUGCAUAUGCUCUGUUCUUUGUAGCCUGUUACAACUCAGUAGGUCUGUUAUUAUAUGGAUGACGAGCGCUGUAGCUGUAGAAUCCGUUCACUGUGCAAAAAAAGUACUUUCGGUUGACCGUGCUGUAUCACUGUAGACUCUCACACUGUAGAAGCUGCACAGCUACACGUUGUCUCCACCAGGUGGAGCCUUCCCCUGAAGAAACUGAUCAAAACUAAGUUGUUUGCACCUUUUUAAGUUACUGAAAACACAAUCUGUUGCAUGUCUGCGAGGAUUCCAGUGGUUGUGAUCCACAUUUUUACACAGAUUUGUUACUGAUUUACUCGUACGCGACAAUAUUUUACUCUGUUUACGGUUGUUACUGAAAUUGUCCUUUUAUUAUUGGUCAUAAAGUCACGACUGUGUUGGAUAGAUCAAAAGAUUCGGUCAUCGCAGAUGAUGAAAUGAAUAUCAGGUCUGCGGUGGAGGAGCAGAAUCUGCACAGAUCUGUAACACAGCGCUGAACUUGGCAGUGAAGCUGCAUGAAUAAAUCCAUUUUUUUUUUACUAUAACAUGAGGAAAGUACACGCUCGGCAAUCAGCAGCCACACAAUCCCAAAACUGUCUUGCAAAAACCAGAACGCUUGCGAGUUUAAGUGCCUGUCGAACACAAUCCAGCCUCCUCUGCCUCCAGCCUAUCACAGCCCGUCUCAGCUCCCGGGUCAGACCCAGAGCUCCUGUCAGUGGAGGAUCUUCACCUCUGUGUCGAGCCUCUCUGAGCUGAGGUCAGCUGUGGAGCCUCUGAACGACACGUGUCUGGGAUUGUUUCACACAAACCCGGAGCUGCAGGCUGUUCCUCUACAAACAAUCAUAACAGGGUAUCUUCAGAAAGAGGAGGAAGGAAGACAAAAAAUGGGGACCAGAAUGAACAUCAACCUUAACGGUUUUCCCAUUACCAAACUCCCAGAGUCCCUUGCACUCCACAGCUUCUAGUCAUAGGAGGUGGUCACUCAACGCUGCAGUGCCUCGUGCACUAAGCAGCAUUGUGUAGUCCUCUCUCUCUUUUCAGUCGUGUCCUGUUGCUUUGCUCACUUUGCCGUACAAGUCCACGACUGCUGUGUCACGUGUGUUGCUUCUUCUCUUCAAAGUGCUUUGAUCGGGGGAAAGCUCACCUGUUGUAGCCGCACUUUAUUUUCUUCACUGGGAUGUUUCUCUGUCGUCUUUUUUAAACAGUGUGGAAACUUUUACUGAAGAGAGACUGAAGUACUGCUGAUGGAUUACUUGAUGUUUUUAAGUUGUAUGUCAAUCUGUCAUUUGUUCAUAUCUAGUACAUUCUUGUAUCGAGCACAUUAAGACACGCACACAUAGACACACACACACACACACACACACACACACACUCCACAGGUCAAUUGGGAGCGAAUGCGUUGAUAUUCAUAAUCUCAAUAACGUCAAAGGACUUUGAUCCAAAUCCAAACCCAGUAGACCCAAACAAAUUGUAAUCAUUCCAUAGUUGUUCGUUAUUGUAAAUAGUAGUACUCUAUAGUUUAUAUAUAUAUAUAUUAUUUGUUUUGAGUGGGUCACCUCACCUGUCCUGGAAUGCACUGUAACAUCCACGUCUCUGUUGCUGCAGCUAGUUUCACAUCACAACACACAACAUCACCAGUAAACUCGGGCGAUGGCACCAAUACACACACGUCCCCACACAUCAUGUCUACUGCAUAGCUAUAAAAAGAAAAUCUUGUACAUAGAUUCACACUCCUGCGUGGGCAUUUCAUUUUUCAUGUAGCCUCAUGGUCUGGGUUGGUGGUCGAAAGCACAGAGGUAGAUGUAAAUAUGAUGGUCACCACAGCCUUGCCCGCUCCCAAUCCAUAACAUAUUUAAGUUUUAGGUUUAUUAUUAUACAUUUUUUAUAGAUAAAUUAAAGAUUUAGUGUAGUGUCUUGAAUAUCUUCCACGUUAUUACCUUUUUGGGGGGAUUUACUAUCUGACAAUAUUGUGGCCUAAUAACUUUUAAUAGUUUUUAAUACAGAUUUUACAUUGAAAGAUCGUUCCAAUGAGAUGUAGUCGGUAGCUUUUUAGUGCACAUAUCAUAUUUUAAUGUUUGUUGUAUUAAAAGUUGUGUGUGUAAUUGUGCUGGAGUGUGAGCCUCUGCUGAGGGGGACCAUGGAAUGUGAUGGAUGGGAAUCGGAGCUUCUACAGUUUUGUACGAGGGAUUGAAAGGCUGAAUAAAAAGAAAUCAUACAUUCAAAAAA